GGGGAUACAGCUAGUGUUUGUUUUUUAUUUUUGAUGACGGAGUGACAAUCGACAGCCCUAUGAAAAUAGAACCCAGACCCGAGACGCGGCCCGAGCGAACGAGCGUGGACCGCUGUCCUGAAGUUUUGCAGAUUCUACUGACUUAUCUGAACAGUGAAAGGUUCAGACUAACCACUGUGACAACGGACCAAUGUGUACAACGAUUGCGAAGUGUUUUCCCCCGUGAACGAGUACCUAUAAUAUUAGCGCCACUUUUAUAUCCGGACGAUACGAAGUCACCACUUGUAGAAAUGGCGGCAGCUAAUGAUCUUGCCCGUUCUAUGAUAGAUAGUUCGUUAGCCGAGCUUAUCCGUGAGGUAGGCUAUGGCUUGACGGCUUCUGUGGAAGAGUGUAAAAUACAUCUUUUGAACUUUGGUGUAAGAGAACCUACAGCAAUAGAUGUUUCUAGAAUUAUAUCUCUUAUGGUGAGAUAUAACGCUCCUGUACAAGAACCGCUCCAAGUUCAGAAUCCUAGAAUUUUUUCGGUAGGCCAUGAGGCUAAAAAAGAUGCCUUGACGCACAAUGAUGGCUGGAAUGCUGGGAUAUUUGUUCAGGCAUUAAAGGAGUUGGACUCUAGUUUAAACUGGAAGGAAGUUAUUUUACAGUUGGAUCAUCCAGAAUUCAUUGUGCCAGAUAGGCAAGGACUCAGUUUAUUAUUCACAAUAUUACGCCUAGGCUUGCAAAGCGCAGGAUACCCAGCGAAUACUUUCCCUGUAGAGUAUCUGUGUCGCAGAUGGACCAACUUAGAAGGCCAGAUGAGUCUUAUUACAAAUAUUCUUAAACAUCCAGAUAUUUUCAGUUUCGCCGAUUUUCCACUCCAUCCCGUGUCAAUCGACUUACUGAAAUCUCCACCUGAUACUGACAUCAAGGAAGUGUCAACUUGGCGCUGUUUAUAUUUAGUCGAGUUGCUGAUUUAUGCGGCCGAGCGCGGAUAUUAUUUACAUGUCCAUGAAAUUUUCAAGUUUCCAUUGCAACAUUGUCCCGAUAUCUUGCUGCUUGCCUUACUACAAAUUAGUCCACCAACAAUAACAUUAUUUCGGCAAGAGUUAUUGACCACAUUGAUUCCAAUCUUUCUGGAAAAUCAUCCUAAUUCUGGAAUAAUUUUUCAACAUGCCUGGCAUUCACAGAACCCUAACAUAAAACCAAUAAUAAUGCACGCAAUGGCUGAAUGGUACAUACGCGGUGAUUGCGAUCAAUCAAAGCUAUCCAGAAUAUUGGAUGUUGCACAGGACCUCAAGGCGCUAUCCUUGCUGUUGAAUGUACAGUCUUUUCCGUUUAUUAUAGACUUGGCAUGCCUAGCAUCUCGGAGGGAAUAUCUCAAGCUUGACAAAUGGCUCACGGACAAAAUAAGGGAUCAUGGUGAACAGUUCGUCACAGCAAUGGUGAAGUUUCUGCAACGCAGAUGUCCACCAGUAAUGGGAAAGGUCCCUGAAGAGCAGAUACCGAAGGCUGCACAGUUGCCACCCGAAACGAUUGCCACCAUGCUUGCCUGCUUACAACUUUGCAUACCAAACUUGCAGGUAGAACUCCAAGAGGCUAUCUAUGCUCUAAUUACAAACUGUCAAACUAUUAUAUUGAGCAAAACAAGACCGAACCUGGCAAGAACACACCCGCGUGUAAUGGAGACCCCGUUUAACCCUUCUUUAGGUGGUCAACUUUACACCCCGCACGUUGAUCCCAUUGCGAGUUUAUCGACUAAUAUAACAAAUAUGAGUCUUGGAGGCCCUUCGAAUGCACCUUUCGGUAAUCCUCUUGGGCCUUUAGCAACGGCCCCUGGUUCACCGCCCCGGUUAAUGGGUGCUGGGCCUAACAGCCCUUUUACUAUGCUGCCGAUGCAACAUAGCGCGCCUGGGCCCUCAAUGGACAAACAUAGAAUUCCAGACCCGAUACAUUUCCCUGAAAUGAUGCACAAUGUUUCGAAAGAGAUAGAAGACGAGGCGAAUGGAUAUUUUCAGCGCAUUUACAACCACCCCCCUCAUGCAACCUUGUCAAUAGACGAAGUUCUCGAUAUGCUGAAAAAGUUCCAAGACUCACCCAAUUCGAGGGAGCGAGAGGUAUUCUUGUGCAUGCUGCGAAACCUAUUCGAGGAAUACAGAUUCUUUCCACAGUACCCAGAUAAGGAGUUGUAUAUAACUGCGCAGCUUUUCGGUGGUAUCAUUGAAAAGGGUCUCGUGCCUAGUUAUGUAUCACUGGGCCUGGCACUGCGAUUUGUAUUAGAUGCUUUAAGGAAACCCGAAGCAUCUAAAAUGUAUUACUUUGGCAUCGCUGCAUUAGAUAGAUUUAAGUCGAGGCUUAAAGAUUAUCAUAAGUAUUGUGAACAUAUAAGGGCUAUACCACAUUUUCGUGAUUUCCCGCCGCAUUUGAUUGAAUACAUCGAGUAUGGCCUCCAGAGCCAGGAGCCGCCAACGAAACCUCAUGGAGCAGUGCUGCCAGCUACUUUAGCUGCUAUGUUAAACCAGGCAUCAGUCGUUUCUGUCACUUCACCAUACAGAACUAUUUUAGCGUCUACUUCAGCAACUGUCACAUCAAAAGUUGCUAGUUGUAUGACUGGUGGCUUAGGCAGCCGACCCUCUAUUGCAAAGGCUACAAAUAUCGACACAUUGUUGACUGCUACAGACAAAACUGACAAGCUAAGCGCACCGCCAGAAGCCGUUCAAGACAAAUCAGCCUUCAUCUUCAACAAUCUGAGUCAGCUCAAUCUGCAGACUAAAUGUGAUGAACUCAAAGAGAUACUUACCGAGGAAUUUUAUCCGUGGCUUGCUCAGUACCUGGUCAUGAAGCGUGCUUCGAUUGAGCUGAACUUCCACGCUCUCUAUUCGAAUUUUCUCGACGUUUUAAAGAUUAAAGAAGUUAAUCGACUGGUGUUGAUUGAAACUUACCGGAAUAUAAGAGUAUUGCUGCGCUCCGAUAAAGGCAUAGCUAACUUCUCUGACCGUUCUUUGCUAAAGAACCUCGGGCAUUGGUUAGGCAUGCUGACAUUGGCACGAAACCAACCAAUCCUUCAUAUAGAUCUCGAUCUCAAAGUUCUUUUACUUGAAGCUUAUCACAAUGGCCAAGAGCACAUGUUAUAUGUAGUGCCGUUUGUAGCCAAAAUCUUAGAUUCUUGCGCGAAGAGCAGCGUAUUUAAGCCUCCCAAUCCGUGGACUAUGGCUCUGAUGAAUGUUCUAGCCGAAUUGCACCAAGAACCAGAAUUGAAAUUAAAUUUGAAGUUUGAAAUAGAAGUGCUCUGCAAAAACCUUAGUCUUGAUAUCCAGAACCUCAAGCCAUCACUAUAUUUGAAGGAUCCUGAUAAAGUGCGCACUAUUGAGUUUCAACUGUCGCAAUCAAAAGACCAAGCGGAAGCUGCUUCACCCCAGCAAAGUUCGAUUCCUGUGAAUCAACAUUUAGUUCAAGCGGCACAAUUGCAGGGAAUACCUUCACAGACACCCAUGCUGACGGUUGAAAAUUUAGCUGGGGCUGCUCCUACACCAACCAGCGACCUGAAUGAUCCAGCUAUGAUCGGAAUCGAUGGGACCCCGCAGCCAAGAUUUAACUACCUUGAUGUGAAUGUAACAACAAGUUCAGCAUUUGAACAGAAAAUAUCCUUGAACCCACACAUUAUUUUACUGCAAAGCUUUCCUCAUUUAAAGGAGUUAGUGAGGCCAGCUAUCGAGCGGUCCAUCCAAGAAUGGAUUCAUCCAGUUGUAGAUAGAUCGAUCAAGUAUGCGUUAACCACAUGUGAACAAUUAAUCAGGAAAGACUUUGCUUUCGACCCGGACGAAGUACGAAUGCGGAACGCUGCUCAUCACAUGAUGCGAAACCUGACUGCUGGCAUGGCAAUGAUCACAUGCAGGGAACAAAUUAUAAAUACGCUCACCAUAAACUUCAAAGCGGCAUUCUUACCCGCACUCAUACCAGCCGUACCUAAGCAGGACGUGAUCGACGAUGCAGCAACAAUAAUCGCUGCAGAAAAUAUGGAAUUGGCCUGUGCUUUUAUACAGAAGACAGCUGUUGAGAAGGCUCUACCGGAGCUCGACAAGAGGCUCAUGAAUGACUAUGAUGUGAGGAAGAUUGCCAGACAAGAAGGCAGGCGAUAUUAUGAUCCAGUCGUGUUCAGCUACCAAACAGAACGGAUCCCGGAGAGAGUACAAUUGCGCAUGGGCGCCCCGGCUGAAUCACAGAUCGCGGUCUACAAUGAGUUCGCUUACAAUAUACCCGGGUUCAUACCUGUACGAGAUGCGGCUAUGUUUAUGUCGAAACAAGUCUCUCAAGAUCAAUUGGCACCAAUUAAUUACAACCCAGUUGUCAGUCAAGCGCAGGCGGGCGUCUACGGCACCGAUGAACUGGGUGCUCUGAUAAAUGCUGCUGAGAUGUUUAUGAACAGCGCUCUGACGUCACAGUCUUUAGCAGUGCAAGCCACGCACAUGCACUCCCUCCUCGAGUGUCUCGUGAUGGUCAGGAGGAGCUGUGACCUCGCCUCCGGGUACGCGCUCUUGCAGAGGGCUGUGGACGGACUUCUGGACAGCCACGUUUCCCAGCAAGUCUCCAACCCUGAGCACUUAGAGAUGAUGACCAGAUACCGCGAUACCCACCUUCGCGUCCUCAAGCUCCUGGAGGAGUCGAGGGCCUAUGGUCCCGCUUGGACAACCAACCAGAUCACCUGCUACGUCACGGAGUGCAGGGACGAGCUCAGAUAUAACCUGGAGGCUAUUGACUGCCUGAUACGGAAUCGUCUCAUCAACAUGCCACAAUACGACCUUGCGUUGGCGCGUCUAAUGGACAAUGGUAACAACUACAUCGCCGUGGCUUUUGCGAUGCAGCUUGUUCAAGUUUAUCUCGUCGACGACAGAAACAACAUUUACGCGACGGAAUCCGACCUCUACCACACUACAGAGACCCUGUUCAGAAUGAUGUCCAGCCCCCGCCUGGCGACACCCGAAGGCCUGACGGCACUUAUUGAGUCCAUUCGCAUCAAUCAGGACCCCAGCACUUACCUGGGAGAGAAAUCACCCUUGGGACCCACCUCGCACAUACACUCGGGAAUCAUGCAUAUCACAAGCCGCGAAUACAACGACCCACCAGGCUUGCAGGAGAAGACCGAAGAUCUGCUCCGCCAGUGGCGUAACGUCCUGCUCAGUCCGCUGACCGAGAGGGAAAUAACCCAGAACUUCAACAUCUACAUGCACCGAAUGAAUAUCAACGGGAUCCUCAAAUCGGACGAUAUGAUCACUCGAUUCUUCAGAAUCUCCGCCCAGCGUUGUAUAGAUGAUGUAUAUCAACUUCUGGCCGAGGAUAGACUGAAUCCUCCUGUCGCGGGGCCAAAGAGGAAGAAGUACUACAUGGCCUGUGACUCUUUCAUCAAGCUGGUCUCGUUGCUCAUCAAGAACACAGCAGAGGCAAGCAAUCCGACCCCCAAGUUGAACUUAUUGAACAAGAUCCUCGGUAUAAUAGCCGGCUGUUUGCUGCAAGACCACGAGGAGCAUGGUACCAACUUCCAGCAGUUGCCGUAUCACCGUCUGAUGCUCAUCCUCUUCCUCGACAUGAAUACGUCGGAGCCCGUUCUGGAAUCUAUGAACUAUCAGAUUUUAACAGCGUUUUGCCACACUCUUCGUAUUGUAAGACCAAGCGUCGCGCCAGGAUUCUGCUAUGCCUGGCUCGAGGUGGUCGCUCACAGGGCAUUCCUCAACAGGGUCAUGGCACUCACCCCACAACAAAAGGGAUGGGGGAUGUAUUCGACACUACUCAUCGAUCUCUUCAAGUUCUUGGAUCCGUUCCUGCGGAACACAGAGCUAGCGGCACCCGUGAUGACCCUAUACAAAGGCACGCUCAAAGUGCUGCUCGUGUUAUUGCACGAUUUCCCCGAAUUCCUGUGCGAUUAUCACUACGGCUUCUGCGACGCGAUUCCACCAAACUGCAUCCAGAUGAGGAACCUAAUCCUGUCGGCGUUCCCGCGAAACAUGCGCCUCCCGGACCCGUUCACGCCGAACCUGAAAGUAGACCUGCUCGUCGAGAUAAACUCACCACCUCGUGCCGUGAUAAACUACGGUACCCUCAUACCGCCGUCGCAGUUCAAGAAAGACUUAGAUGCGUAUCUGGCGGCGAGGACACCUGUCACCUUCCUCACGGAGCUGAGGAGUAAUAUACAAGUGGUGAACGAUCCCGCGCGUCGCUACAACUGUCAACUUAUAAACGGGCUGGUGCUCUACGUGGGCACACAGGCUAUCGCACAGAUUAAGGCCAAAGGACAGACACCCAACAUGUCCACGAUCGCUCACUCCGCGCACAUGGACAUCUUCCAGAACUUCACCGUGGACUUUGACUACGAGGGACGAUAUUUGUUCCUGAACGCAAUAGCGAACCAGCUGCGCUAUCCAAACAGUCACACGCACUACUUCAGCUGCUGCCUCCUGUACCUGUUCGCCGAAGCCAACUCCGAGGCAGUACAGGAACAGAUCACCAGGAUGCUUCUGGAGAGGCUGAUCGUGAACAGACCACAUCCGUGGGGCCUGCUCAUCACGUUCAUAGAACUCAUCAAGAAUCCCGCGUACAAGUUUUGGUCACACGAGUUCGUGCAUUGCGCGCCGGAGAUUGAAAAACUGUUCGCGUCAGUGGCUCGCUCCUGUAUCGCUGAGAAGCCAGCGACCAUCGCCCCGAUAGGAGCCGCUGCGAGCACCAGCGCUGCACAGACGGACUUGGUGGAGUAAUUUAAAGCAUUUUUGGAGUCGUAUUUUCGAUUCAAACACCACCAGGUGCUUCCCGUGAUAAGCUGAAGAGAUUAUUGCGGCGACGCCGAUGUUUUACGUCAUUAUAUUUAUAGAUGUACCCAUAGCACGUCUCGUUAAGAAAAUUUCUGUCUACCGUCAAAUAUCUAAGACGAAGCCGCCAUACGGCGCUGCAUUGUAACCCUAUUUUAAACAUAUAAUUCAUUGUAAUUAAUUUACUUUGUUAUAUUAAAAUUUUAUAAACUUAUAAUGGCCCGAGCUUACUGUCCUAUUUUGUAUAUAUUUUAAAUUGUAAGUUUGUCAUUUUAGACAUUUUAUAACUAACAAACAACCUAUUGAUAUAACACUAACACCGUAUAUUAGAUGCAUCUAUUGCUGAAUAGUAUUAGUAGUACCCCUAAUGUAUACUCUUUUACUACCAACCCAACAUAAAUUAUCUUAUAAUCCUGUAAGUAAUACCUAAAAGCAGAAUUACAUGGCGACUUUUAAAAUAAACGCACGGGCAUAUCUACUUAACCGUAACCAUGAAUGAAAUAAAUUUAAAAAUAAAAAUAUUUAAUUCGUCUACAUAAAUCAAUUUUCCAUUUAAUAUCAUUACGGAACAGCCUGUAAGUUAUAUGUAACGUAGUCUCACUGCUUAGUACUGUGUCAUAUGAUCUCCACGCACCGCGUCAUUGUUGCCUACUUGCCCCACGCUGAGCCGUAACCGUUCAGAACUCUUGGUAAGUAGCGUCCACAUGAGUUGAUUAAAAUUUUGUUUUAUAAAUGUAUAAUUUGUUUGUUUGAAAAUAUUAAUUAUUAACUUCAAUUUUUAGUUUUAUUAUGAUAACAGUUUAGUAGCCCUACCUACCUACUUGUGUGUUUAUUUAAUGUCGCCAUAGAAGUACCAUAUUGUAUGUAUAAAUAUAUAUAUAAUCUCACGACUAUCUCAUAUCUUCCAAAGUUUAAAUUUAGUAUAUAAGAUGAAUGUUUAUAACUAUAAGAUAAAUGUAGCUCAUGUACUAUUAAGACACAAUUUGUGUGUAGGUUAAGACGUGUGUUUGAUGUUUUGCGAUUUUUAUUGAACGCUUUAGUGGUUAUUUUAUGUUUAAAUUAUUUAGUGAUCAAGCAAAGUAGAAACCUUAGAUAAUUUAUAUGUCUAUAUAGACUGUGACAGCUGCAAACACGGGGAAAAAUUGCGGCGAACAGUUAUCCUCUAUUUUCAGCAAACCCCGCACACUAAAACAAAUGACGUAUUGUUAGUGUAAAACGUAGCUGUCAUGCACACGCCUGUGCAAUGUAUGACGUGGCCUGUCGACAUACGUUGUCUAACAGCUAGACUCUGUCUAUACAUAUAAAUUAUCUAUGGUAGAAAUAUUAUUUUGAAAUUAUACAUAGGCGCUUACGUAACAUUUAAAAAUUUGUUGAUAAUCCAGUGUUCGGUAUUAUCAAGAAUGUUCUUUUUAAAUGUAACACUCAAUUCUGUAAUAAAAUAAUAAUACCACAACGAUUGUUAAAUCAGGUUCAUUUUUGCUGAUCAUACUUUUACAAAUAAAUGUAUUUUAGUAAAA